AUGGCACCUGCUGGACAGGGUCUCACUUGGUCAGAUGUCCUUUGCUGUAUUGUAUGUAACCAGCUUUUUGAUCAUAAUCGGGCGCCUGUGAAUUUGACGUGUGGACAUGUCAUUUGUGUGCGGUGUAUAGCAAAAUUGUAUGGAAAUGCGUGUCCUGAAGACCAGUGUGAAGGUAAAUACCCCGUUUCGAGCUAUCCUGUUAAUGCUGCACUUUUAUCAAUUGUGACUGACGACGUAGAGGAAUAUUUACCGUUGUGGGAAGUGGAAAAAGUUUCUAAGGAUGUUUUGUCACUGGUAGAGAAUGCUCUGGUUUCCAUGGCGCAAUAUCUUCACCGUGCAGAAUCGGAAAGAGGUGGAACAGUAUUUAGUGAGGUGUUAUCCCGAACCAUGCAACGCAAGCUUGUAUCGCUUCUUUGCUACCAGCUUGUUGAAGAAGAAGGUCGUUUGCGUGCAUUGAAAACCUCAAGGUUGAUCGCUGAACGAAUAAUGACGGAGCUGCUGCUUAUUCAACAGAACUCGGGCAGCCUGAGUACGCACUUAUGGACUGCUGUUCGAGCACGUGGUUGUCAAUUUCUUGGACCUGCGAUGCAAGAAGACGUGCUUAAAUUAAUUCUUCUUGCUCUCGAUAAGGGUGCGCUGAUUGCUCGCAAAACAUUGGUCAUGUACGUGGUACAAAUGUUAUCAGAAGACUACCCUCAGGUUUCAAAAACAUGUGUCGGCCACGUGGUUCAGCUUCUCUAUCGCGCAUCUUGCUUCAAUGUGAUGAAACGUGAUGGAGAAUCAUCUUUGAUGCAGUUGAAAGACGAAUUCAGAAAUUACGAAGCCCUUCGCAAAGAGCAUGAUGCACAAAUUGUGCAGAUGGCGGUUGAGUGCGGUCUACGAAUUAGUCCAGACCAGUGGAGUGCACUGCUGUAUGGAGAUCAAGCCCACCGGUCACAUAUGCAGUCCAUUAUAGAUCGCCUGCAGACACCUCAUUUCGUAAUGCCCAACGAAUAUGAACGAGUUGGGCAGCAGUCGCAGAAAUGGUGGCGCACUAACGUUGGGCGUUGCCGAAUUUUGGCACAGAUGGCCUCAAGCUAUUUGCGACGGUGUUCGACUCAACUACCACCACAUCAUGAGCGGGUCAACUGGCCCCGAUUCGCAGACUACAUAGAUGCUCUGCAAAAGCUCGUCAAGGCACAUGCUGAAUUUACGAUGAAACGGAAUGAACAGCGUGCUCGUGAUGCACAGAGGUCGGCUGCUAUGCUUCGCUCUGCUCAUGCCGGUGGACUUGACAAGGCGCAUGCCUAUAAAACUAAAAUGUGCAAGGAUAUCUCCGCUCGCCGAUUAUGUCCUCGCGGAGCUCGUUGUACGUACGCUCAUAGUGUAGAGGAGUUGCGUGACGCGUCUCGGAAGGACAUGGGGUCUGCCUCCAAGCAACGCACCGUUUCUGCCUAUGCCUCAGCGAAUGAUGCUUACCAAAAUGACUCCCCUUUAACGACAGUUCCACCGCUAUCAGCCGCACCAACACAUCCUACAAUGGUGCCCAUUCUUCCUGUUCCUGUUGUGAUGCCCUCUCCAACCCAUAUGCCGCCACCUUCAACAGCACAUGGCAGUCCACCUUUGGUAGUGCUUCCGGCUGGCAUUCCUCAACGAGGAAUGGUUUUGAGCAAUACCACUUCGCACCCGCAGUCGCCUAAUGGAAUUCAUUCGGCUCCACCUCAUCACCAUUCGCUUUGGAGUACGCAUGCACCACCACCUGGAGCCAUGUUUGUGCCUCAUCUUAACAAUUCGCGCAAUCACUCCCAUCCUCAGUUCUGGAUGCACCCACCGCCUGCUGUGUAUACAUUCGAUCCUCCAUCUGAAAAUGGUUUCAUCUGGUCAAGCGCUCAGCGACCAGAGUUGUCAGUUCCUCCACCACCGCUACCAUCAUCCCGUGCGAUGGAGCAGACAGUAGAUACGGAGCAAUUGAUGAUGAAACGAAAUGAGAUUAUAAAUCGCCUUGCUCCACUCACACUGCUCGAUGAAGAUGACUUUGAAGAUGGUGGUGUUGGACAUGUUUCAUACACAGUUGCCUCUUCAGUACUUGAUGAGAGAGGAGAACUUCAUCCAGUAACUUUGGUAAUGGGUCCACCAGCACUAGAGCUUCCUCCAAUUCCAGCGGGAAAUCUAUCUACGGUUCCUUUACCAGCGACUGCAUCUGAAGGGACAAUAGCAGUUCUCGGCGAUAUCGCUCUAGCAGCAGGAUCACGAUCACGUGCGCCAAGUAUUCCAUUGGUGCAAUUCACUAACGUGGUUACUGCUUGUCCCACAACUCUUCUGUCGACUGAAGGCACUCCGUCAGCCACCGUACAGGCAGAUUGCACAACAAUGCAUCUCAAAGAUACGAUUAGCCAACCACUUCCAACACCUGCUAUUCAGAGAAGUCAAGUCGUAGCACCAGUGCAUAUGUGUGCCGUACCGGUAACGUUUGAUGCCGGAGUAGCGGGGGAACGUAUAGGUACAGUUAUUCGUCCUGUAGCACUUGCGCAUCCACAGGACAUGGUAUCCAGUAGUCUGGAUAAGAUAGUAGAUGUCAAAGAGAGGCUGAACGAGGCGGAAGGUCAGUGCUUCUCGAGUUUUUAUUUCCAGUUGCUAUUACUCAAAAAU